AGCUCUGUCCCAGUUUACAACGCAAGUCCCCAAAACCUAAUCGUAUCCAAGAACUCUUCACUCUUUUACCCUGAAUAUCCCUGACCCAUCCCUGCAGAAACGAAUCAGGGAGAGAGUCGGCGGCCGGGACCCUAGAAGGCGAUGGAUCGGAGACGCCUGGAUUCUGAUCACGAUCGAGACUCCCACAAACAUCACCGAAGUUCUAAAGAUAAGUCCAGAGACGCAGCCGAUGACGACCGCCGCCACCACAGUCAUCGUCGUUCAAAGCACCGCGAUGAAGAUGAUGACCGGAAUAGAUCCGAACGGAGAUCGUCGCGAGAGUAUUCUUUGGAUAGAGAUAAGUCAGUUGAGCCGAGGAAUGAGGAGAGGUCUGAUGAUCGCCGUAAGCGGGAGAAGUCCUAUGAGAGGGAGGAUUCAGUGGAGAGGAAGCACACUAAGAGGAAAGAGAGAGGGGAGAGUGAGGAGUAUGGGGAGAGAGAUUAUGAUGGAGGAACCAAAAGAACUAGGGUUUUGGAGGAGAGGAAGGAGAAGAGAAGGCUUGAGGACGAUAUGAAUGGAAGAGAGAAAGAAGAGAAGAAAGAGCGGCGGAGAUUCGAGGAUGCUGUAGAAGGGAAGGAAGGUAGGGAGGAAAGGAGAGAGAGGAGGAGGUUUGAGGAUAAGGUGAAGAAAGAGCAAGAAGGGAUGGAAGUUGAAAGGAUAGAAGGGAGGUUUGAAGAGAGAGUUGGAAAGAAAGAGCCGAAAGAUGAGCUCCCCGAUAAUGGCGAUCUCGGUGCUGGUGAUUCUGUUGCUAACGGUGGUGCAAUGGAAUCAUUUGAGAUGACAUCGACCACUUUGCCUGAAUCCCAUUUGUAUCAUAAUCAUUCUCCUGCUACCAAGGUAUCUUCAAUUUCUACCACAAAUGAAAAUAAGGGAGUUAAUAUUAACAGAUCUCAUGAGGUUCCUGGGAAAUCCAGUACAGAUGGAACAGCUUCAGAUGCUGGAAAGCUUGGGGGCUUGUCUCGUGAUGCUUUAGAUAAAGCAAAAAGAGCUCUUAAGAUGCAGAAGGAGCUUGCAGAAAAGCUUAGGAAGAUCCCUUUGUUAAACAAGGCUACUGGGGCAACUAGAGAGAGUACUCCGCAGUUGGGACCAAAUGAGGGUCACAUAGCUCCUUCUAGUAGUUCAGGAAUACUUCCAACUCCUGCUGCAUCGGUAAGAUCUUCUAGCAUGGUAACAUCUGGAGCAACGCCGAAUGCUUCAACUUUACCUGCUGCUGCAGCUGCUUCAAUUGGUUUGCCUCAUCUUCCUGGACUCAAUCAUGAGAGAUUUGAAGCUGUUAAAAAAGCCCAAGAGCUUGCUGCUAAAAUGGGAUUUCGACAGGAUCCAGAAUUUGCUCCUCUUAUUAAUAUGUUCCCUGGACAGAUGCCACCAGAGGUUUCAAUCCAGCCAAAGCCUGCCAAAGCACCCGUGCUACGUUUGGAUGCUUUGGGAAGGGAAAUAGAUGAACAUGGGAAUGUAGUUAAUGUGCCUAAAGUAAAUAGUUUGAGUACACUGAAGGUCAACAUCAACAAGCAGAAAAAAGAAGCUUUCCAGAUUCUGAAACCUGAGUUGGAAGUUGAUCCUGAGAAAAAUCCUCAUUUUGAUCCAAGUAUGGGUAUUAACAAAAAUAAGAUUUUGAGGCCCAAGAGAAUGACUUUCCAGUUUGUGGAGGAAGGCAAAUGGUCGAAAGAUGCAGAGAUAAUUAAGUUAAAGAGUCAAUUUGGAGAAGCUCGAGCAAAAGAGUUGAAGGCAAAGCAAGCACAGUUGGCUAAGGCCAAGGCUGAGCCUGAUAUAAAUCCUAAUCUGAUUGAAGUGUCAGAGAGGGUGAUAAUCAAGGAGAAGCAGAAAGAAACUAUUCCAGAAACUGAGUGGUGGGAUGUGCCUAUUCUACAGUCUGGUAGUUAUGGCCACAUCAGUGAUGGUAACUUACCAAUGGAGAAACUCAAAAUGGAGAAAAUCACCAUCUACGUUGAACACCCUCGUCCAAUUGAGCCUCCUGCUGAACCAACACCGCCCCCACCUCAACCUUUAAAGCUAACAAAGAAGGAGCAGAAGAAACUUCGCACUCAGCGGCGUCUGGCAAGGGAGAAAGAUAAACAGGAGAUGAUUAGGCAAGGCCUCCUAGAGCCUCCAAAACCGAAAGUUAAAAUGAGCAAUCUCAUGAAAGUUCUAGGAUCGGAAGCUACCCAAGAUCCUACCAAACUUGAAAUGGAAAUCAGAAGUGCUGCAGCUGAGCGCGAACAAGCUCAUAUCGACAGAAACAUUGCACGUAAACUCACUCCUGCUGAGCGUCGUGAAAAGAAAGAGAGGAAGCUUUUUGAUGACCCAGAUAAGGCAGAGAUAAUAGUCUCUGUUUACAAAGUUAAUUAUCUGUCACAUCCACAAGCUCGUUUUAAGGUUGAUGCUAAUGCUCAUGAGAACCGAUUGACUGGAUGUGCUGUAAUUUCUGAUGGUAUCAGUGUUGUGGUCGUGGAAGGUUGCCCCAAAUCAAUCAAGAGAUAUGGGAAGCUUAUGCUAAGGCGCAUAGAUUGGGCAGCAGCGGUGAAAAAUGAAGGGGAAGAUGAAGAUGAAGACGAUGGUGAUACACCUGCUAACAAGUGCAUGUUGGUGUGGCAAGGGAGUGUUGUUAAACCAAGUUUUAAUAGGUUUUCUAUUCAUGAAUGCCGGACUGAGGCUGCAGCUCGCAAGAUUUUUUCUGAUGCUGGGGUUUCUCACUAUUGGGAUCUCGCGGUGAACUUCACAGAGGAUCAAAUUUAAUUUGAGGGUCUCUUUUUGGCUAGUUGAUGGUUCCAUUCUUGGUUCUCUCUUAUUGUCUGAGUUGAGCUGUUUACUAGGAUUGUGUCCGUUAAUUGCACAGGAUUGAGCUUAACUAGCGGUGACAUGCAGAGUUAUUAUGCCAAGUUUAAUGAUGUUUGGUGACUUAUAGACGAUUAAGCCUUGCUGGUAGUUGUAUUUCUCUUGCAAUAUCUUGUUUGUUCUAUUAUGGAAGUAUCAUUGUUGAAAAUACAUGAUUUGGAUGCAUUAUUUUUGGGGGGAAGGUUACAUUAAUGUUGCUUUUGGUUGCCUAUCUGCCCACGUCCAUUGAAUGUACAAUUUAAUUUUUGUGCGUUUUGUCA